AUGGCAGGAUUGGCACCAGAAGGGUCCCAGUUUGACGACAAGCAGUAUGACAAGAAAAUGCAGGAGCUACUAAUUGAGGACUUCUUCACUUCGUAUGAUGAAGUUUGUGAAAGUUUUGACAACAUGGGGCUACAAGAGAACCUUCUGAGAGGCAUCUAUGCCUAUGGUUUUGAGAAGCCAUCAGCUAUUCAGCAAAGGGGGAUUGUUCCCUUCUGCAAGGGGCUUGAUGUGAUUCAGCAAGCCCAAUCUGGAACUGGAAAAACAGCUACCUUCUGUUCUGGAAUCUUACAGCAGCUUGAUUAUGGAUUGGUUGAGUGCCAGGCAUUGGUUCUUGCUCCAACCCGUGAGCUUGCGCAGCAAAUUGAGAAGGUUAUGCGUGCUCUUGGGGACUAUUUGGGUGUCAAAGUGCAUGCCUGUGUUGGUGGAACAUCUGUCCGUGAGGACCAAAGGAUUCUUGCCAGUGGUGUGCAUGUUGUUGUGGGCACACCAGGGCGUGUGUUUGAUAUGUUGCGUAGGCAGUCCCUCCGCCCCGACAACAUCAAGAUGUUUGUGUUGGAUGAAGCUGAUGAGAUGCUCUCCCGUGGAUUCAAGGAUCAGAUCUAUGAUAUCUUCCAGCUUCUUCCAUCUAAGAUUCAGGUCGGUGUCUUCUCAGCUACCAUGCCCCCUGAGGCCCUUGAGAUCACUCGCAAGUUCAUGAACAAGCCUGUGAGGAUUCUUGUCAAGAGGGAUGAGCUCACCCUUGAGGGUAUCAAGCAAUUCUAUGUCAAUGUGGAGAAGGAAGAUUGGAAGCUUGACACUCUGUGUGACCUGUAUGAGACCCUGGCAAUCACUCAGAGUGUCAUCUUUGUGAACACCCGCCGCAAGGUGGACUGGCUCACAGACAAGAUGAGGAGCAGGGACCACACCGUCUCAGCCACGCACGGUGAUAUGGACCAGAACACCAGGGACAUCAUCAUGAGGGAGUUCAGGUCCGGCUCCUCCCGUGUGCUCAUCACCACCGACCUGCUCGCCCGUGGUAUUGAUGUCCAGCAGGUCUCACUUGUCAUCAACUACGACCUGCCGACCCAGCCUGAGAACUACCUUCACCGCAUCGGUCGUAGUGGUCGGUUUGGAAGGAAGGGUGUUGCCAUCAACUUCGUCACCCGUGAUGACGAGAGGAUGCUGUUUGAUAUCCAGAGGUUCUACAACGUGACCAUCGAGGAGCUGCCGGCCAACGUCGCUGACCUUCUCUAG